AUGUCGGCAUUUUCAGCUCAAGAUUUUAAUGCAAAGAGAUACUCCUCCGUGAGACCUACUUAUCCUGAUAGUUUUUACAAAGUUUUAAGUGACUAUCAUAGAGGUCCUCGAGAAUUAGUAGUAGAUGUUGGUUGUGGACCGGGAAUUGCUACAUUUCAAUUGUCAGAGCAAUUGGACUCUUUCCAAAGGGUCAUUGGUACGGACUUGUCCCCUACCAUGGUAGAGGGUGCUAGAUCUAUUCAAAAGCAAAACCCGCAGAGGCAUUCAAGAGUUAGUUUUGAACAAUCGCCAGGUGAAUCUUUCAAAUUUUUGGAAUCUAAAACCGACAAACAAAAAUGCGACAUGAUUACAGCUGUAGAGUGCGUCCAUUGGUUUGAUUUCUCUAAAUUCCAAGAAGCCGUUGCUGAUACUUUGCGUCCCGGUGGAACUUUAGCCAUUUGGGGGUAUGGUGACUUUUUCUUCCCAGAUUAUCCAUUAUUAACUGCGGAAAUCGAUCAUCUUUCAUAUGCAGACGAUAAGUUGGGACCUUAUUGGCAACAACCAGGUAGACGUAUCGCUUGUGAAAUGUUAAAGGAUCUGCAUUACGAUCCAAAAUGGUUCCAAGAUAUCGAAGAAGUUUAUUUUUACGAGAAUGAUCUAGAGGGUAAGGGACCAAAUGACAUCCCAUUGUUCAUGUACCAAAGGUUGACUUUAGCCCAAUUGAAAGAAUACAUAAAGAGUUGGAGUGGCUACCAUUCCUGGAAGAAAGAUAACCCUAGUGCUGAAAAGGAUAUCACAGAUGCGUUUGUUGAUCGUGCCAUAGAAUUGUACCCUCAAUUGAAUGAGAAUUCGGAGUUGCAAAUCACCUGGAGAACGUUUUGGAUGUUUGCCAGAAGAAGGUACUAG